AUGCGCGUCGUGCUUUGUGACAAGCGGUUGAUUACUGCAUUGAUGGCUAGAACUGCCGUUAACAAUUGUCUCAUUCCAUACUCUUCCAUGCCUACUAAAGCGUCUGGCGAUCUUAUCUCUGAAAUCGCAACUCAGACCCGACACGAAGAUGCUCGUCUCAUGCGAAAAUACAAACGAAGACUUUUAAUGAUUUUAGGCUCCAUUGACUCAGAUGGGCAUCUGUCUCAAGUCAGGAUUACAAAUCUGGCUACUUCAUCAGAUGGUCGGAUUCUGACAGUAUUUUGGACCAUGGCAGAAGGUUCGCACAGUGAUAUAACGGCUUGGAAAGUUGAUAAUCUUUUGCGAAAUGCUAAUAAGUCCAUUAGACAGCGGUUAGCUCGUGAAAACGCCUUUCGCAAAGUCCCCAUUCUCAACUUUAUUCAUUCCCCCUCGGAUUUACUGUCAGACCCUACUGAAGACCAAGUCGACGUUAAUUCCUGCCAUAUCGUAAAACCAAAUAACGUUUAUGGUCUGCCAUGGGAUGAGUACAUGAAGGAAGUAAGACGCAACCGUCAGGACGAUGCCGUGAUGGUUGAUAGUGAAAAUAUGGACGCAGAUUGUCACCGAGAGAGGGGCUCGUGUCCCUCUCAAGCAGCAAAUUGGGCCAGAAGGUGGCAAAAACAGCAUAAUGCUAAAUUGGUUGCCAAACGCGAACGAAAAAGGUCUCAUCAAAUGCUCGAAUCCGACACAACAACAUUCACCACCACCUCCACUCUCAACACCAGCAACGCUGAAAUAGGGACGAAACCCGAGUUAUCCAGCCAUAAGAAACGUGAGUAUCCACCGCCGCCACCAGAAAGAAUUGGUCGUUUCCGAUACUCUCUCUUCGUGAUUGGUACAUACGUGGGUCUGGGAAACUGCAUCUUUUUCUGCUGCCUUCCUUUACUGGGCUUUGAAAACAUUUUUCGUGCAAUGGGCUACCCCCAACCCAUCUCUCUUCUCUGUGCUGCUUGUCACAUGCCCGUAGCUACAUUCUGCAUGUGUUCCUGUGUCCUCUGCAAAGUUAGACGCCAAUUUCGCAAGAAGAGAGGCAUUAAUGGGAGCUUCAUACUCGAUUGCCUUCUGUCCUGCUUGUUAUGCUGCUGUGUUGCUACGCAACUUCUCACAGAAGCGCGUGCUGUCAUUAUAGACAGGAAAAACGGAGUCAGUAAACCGGAUGGGGCUGGACAAUCGAAGUGA